AUGGAAAGUCAUCAUUACGACGAAACGCUAGGAGUUGGAGACAGUGGUGGAUAUUGGAGGUCUUCAACCGCUGAGAAGCCUAUACUUGAUGAGCAGCAACAGGAAAUAGGGUUCGUCAGAACCCUUAACUUUUUUGAGUUCAAGGAUGAGAAAAAAAGUCGAAAGGAUGCCACCAAAACUAGGUGGUUAAUGCAUGAGUAUCGUCUUCCCGGAGACACGUUCCAAGAAUGGGUUAUCUGCAAGAUCAAGGACACCUCUGGUUCUCCACAUGAUGAAUAUUCUGAUUCUAUUUGGGAGAAAGAGUUGUUCGGAAAAUUAUUGUUGCCGCAUUCAGAUGAGAAUCAUCAUCAUCAAGACGAAUAUCAGUCUCAGAUUCAGUCAUCUACUGUUUUCAAUAAUGGAAAUCUACCAAGUUAUGAAGUUGAUCAGCUACUAGAUGAUGACCCUUUUAAAGAGGUGGAUCAGCUAUUGGAGAUCAACGACGACAAUCAGAUUCAAACUCAGUCAUCCACCGUUUUUAAUAACGGAAACCUACGAAGUUAUGAAGUUGAUCAACUACUGUAUGCACAUGAGAAGGAAAUAUCAAAAGAUGAUGACCCUAUUAAGGAUGUGGACCAGCUAUGGGAGAUCAACGACGACAAUCAGAUUGUUGAUUACUCUUUCAAGGAGAUGGAGCAGUUACUGGGUGUCGUGACACUGAGUUAUUCACUUGGUCUUACGUAUGCAUAUGAUGCAAGCGUAGAAUGA